UUUCUAAUCUAGAUGAUCUUUUCACUACAUUGUGAAAUAUUCAGAGUUUAGAUGAUUGUGAACGUUUGUGAUAAAUAGAAUUUGAAUUCUGUAUUUUUUCCCUUAUCACAAAGAACCUUUGAUUUUAGGGGGAAAAUUAAUUAAUAUGGAUGAAAAUUACAUGGGAAGUAAUAUGCAAGAUCGGCGGAAUUUAUGCGAGACCGAAAACACAAGGAAAGAUGACUAUCAUUCAAUGGGAAAUAAUUUUGGAAAGUUUUCCAACACUCCGAGUUUUACACAGCGAGAAAGUUCUGAUUCGGAUGAAGGUUCCGCAACUAUAGACAUAGAGGAGAAUAGCGAUGAUAGUGAAAGGGGCUUCCCCUCUGUCAGCAGACGACAGUUUGACACGUCUGGAGAGUACCCAGAGGACGAAUUAUAUCCCAAACACAAGCAAAGGCGAGGAAAAGUGGAGAAAACCGCACGAUUAAACAUAAAUGCACGUGAAAGGCGACGAAUGCAUGAUUUGAACGAUGCAUUGGACGAACUGAGGUCCGUGAUUCCAUACGCUCAUAGUCCCUCUGUCAGAAAGUUGUCCAAAAUCGCCACAUUGUUGUUAGCCAAAAACUAUAUUUUGAUGCAAGCCAACGCCCUGGAAGAAAUGAGACGAAUGGUGUCCUACAUGAAUUCUACAUCCUCGCCCUCUCCAGCGUGUUUUGAACCUCUGGUGUCGUAUAACCGCUUACAGAGGUUCCAGGGACUGGCCUUACCCCCGGGGCAGGGCAGGUCCAACUGUGCGUCAAGGUUUGAUCCGCCGACAGAUUCCUAGAAUCGCCAAGAUUUCAGUGACAUAAAAUUCAGUGAAAGGUGCGCGACAGAAAUUAAAAUAUUGACAAAACCAAGUGGACACUUUUCAGAUUAUCACAAGAUUCUGUUAUAAAUAUUAUGAGAAUACAUAAGUUUUAUUGAU